GUUAAAGGGGAACGCCGGGAGCCUCCCACUGCCCCCUUGCUUUGCGCGCGCGCAGCCCCGCAGCACAGCUGUCUUUGGGGGACGCCAGCAACCCAGAGGUCGCACCGGAGUUUGUGCCCGAGGCCACACUGCUCUGAGACAGCUGUCUCUUUGAACUGCAAGCAUCGCUCCACCGAGCCCGAGCCCAACUCCCAGUCACCAUGCUCCUCCUGUUGUUGGGGAUCCUGUUCCUCCACAUCGCGGUGCUAGUGUUGCUGUUCGUCUCCACCAUCGUCAGCCAAUGGCUCGUGGGCAAUGGACACACGACUGAUCUCUGGCAGAACUGCACCACGUCCUUCUCUGGAGCCGUCCAGCAUUGCUCCUCAUCCUCGGCAAGUGAAUGGCUGCAGUCUGUCCAGGCCACCAUGGUCCUGUCUGUCAUCUUCAGCGUCCUGUCUCUGUUCCUGUUCUUCUGCCAGCUCUUCACCCUCACCAAAGGCGGCCGCUUUUACAUCACUGGAUUCUUCCAGAUCCUUGCUGGUCUUUGCGUGAUGAGUGCAGCGGCCAUCUACACAGUGAGGCACAGUGAGUGGCAUGUCAACACGGGCUACUCCUAUGGCUUCGCCUACAUCCUGGCCUGGGUGGCCUUUCCCCUGGCCCUCCUCAGUGGCAUUAUCUACGUGAUCCUACGGAAACGUGAAUGAGGUGCCCGACGCACCAUCCGUCGAGGCUCUGAGCGCGCAUAGGGUCCACGGGGAGGGAGGUAGGAAACCAGAAAAAGAAGCCCCACAAACCAAAAAGAGCUAGCCCCAAAUCCAAACGCAAGUCCAACCAAACAGAACGCAGUUGAGUGGGGAUUGCUGUCAAUUGAAGAUGUAUAUAAUAUCUAUGGUUUAUAAAACCUAUUUAUAACACUUUUUACAUAUAUGUACAUAGGACUGUUUGCUUUUUAUGUUUGACUGUCAGCCUUGUGUUGAAUCUUAAAGAACUUUACAUUCUAACACUAUAACCAAGUUCAGUAUCUUUGUUUUGUUUUUUUGUUUUUAUUUUUGUUUUUAUCUUUGGUUUUGCUCAGAAGUAAAAACUCCCACAUGGUCCCCUUCAUCUAAAAGCAGAUACCUCCCUCCCACUCAACCUCAUAGGAUAACCAAAGUGUGGGGACACACCCCGAAUGGCCAAAGGCCUUCACACUGUGGGUGACCUGGUGCAUUUAGCAGGACUACCCACUGCCUGAAUGGCUGUGUGGAGCCCUAAGCACUCACAGACGAAACGCCCUGAACCAGAGCCCUCCGCAGAAACACGGCUGGUAACUCUGGAACCCUUGUCCUUGCAGGCAGAGUACCAGGGCCACGCAUUUAAAUGAGAAGUCAGAGACAAGGAGUCUGUGAAAUGGUGCUAUGGAUUUACCAUUCCUCGUUAUUACUAAUCAUUUAAACCACUCACUGGAAACUCAAUUAACAGUUUUAUGGCAUAAGGCAGAAUGGAGACCUGAAUAAUUGUGUGUGACAUAAACGGUUCAUAACUGCUUUCGUACCUAGCUAGGCUGUUGUUAUUACUACAAUGAAUAAAUCUCAAAGCCUCCAUCGCUCCCACAGUUUUCUCACGGUCGGAGCAUCAGGACAAGUGUCUAGACCCUUGGGAUUGUGAGUUCCCUGGCUUGCUGGGUCUAGAAUGUCCUGUGCCUCCAAGGACUGUCUGGCAAUGACUUGUAUCGGCCACCAACUGUAGAUGUAUAUACGGUGCCCUUCUGAUGCUAAGACUCCAGACCUUUCUGUUUUUGCUUGCUUUUUCUGAUUUUAUACCAACUGUGUGGACUAAGAUACAUUAAAAUAAACAUCAGAGUAACUCA